GGAUGACGUGACCCGGCGCGCCGGCUUCUGCCAGGGCUGGAAGUGGCAUGUUGGUCUGCGGGCGACUGACAGGGGCGCGAGCCCGGGCGCCUCUGCAUGCGGGUCUCCUACUAGAGACUUGGCGCCGCCGCGGCCGGACCGCCUCCUCCUACUCCGCUUCCUCGGAGCCGUCCAAGGUGCGGGCGCUGAUCUAUGGCAACCACGGGGAUCCGGCCAAGGUCAUCCAACUGAAGAACCUGGAGCUCACUGCCGUGGAAGGAUCUGCCGUCCACGUGAGGAUGCUGGCAGCCCCUAUCAAUCCAGCCGACAUAAAUAUGAUCCAAGGGAACUACGGCCUCCUUCCCCAGCUGCCCGCUGUUGGAGGGAACGAAGGCGUUGGACAGGUGGUGGCAGUGGGCAGCAGUGUAUCUGGACUGAAGCCGGGAGAUUGGGUGAUCCCAGCAAAUCCCGGUUUAGGAACCUGGCGGACUGAGGCCGUGUUCAGUGAGGAAGAGCUGAUCGGCAUCCCUAAGGACAUCCCACUCCAGAGUGCUGCCACCCUCAGUGUCAACCCCUGCACAGCCUACAGGAUGCUGCUGGACUUCGAACGGCUCCAGCCAGGGGACUCUGUCAUCCAGAAUGCGUCCAACAGUGGAGUGGGGCAAGCAGUCAUCCAGAUCGCUUCAGCCCUUCGCCUAAAGACCAUCAAUGUGGUCCGAGACAGACCUGAUAUCCAGAAGCUAACUGACAGACUGAAGAAUCUGGGAGCUGACUAUGUCCUCACAGAGGAGGAGCUAAGGAUGCCCGAGACAAAAACCAUCUUCAAGGACCUGCCCCUGCCCCGCCUGGCUCUCAAUUGUGUUGGUGGGAAGAGUUCCACAGAGCUGCUACGACAUCUAGCGCCUGGAGGAACCAUGGUGACCUAUGGGGGAAUGGCCAAGCAGCCUGUAACGGCCUCAGUGAGCCUGCUCAUUUUUAAGGACCUCAAACUUCGGGGCUUCUGGUUGUCCCAGUGGAAGAAGAACCACAGUCCAGAUGAGUUCAAGGAGCUGAUUCUCACUCUCUGUAACCUCAUCCACCAAGGCCAGCUCUCGUCCCCGACCUGUUCUGAGGUUCCACUGCAGGACUACCAGAAGGCCUUGGAAGCCUCCAUGAAGCCCUUUGUGUCUUCCAAGCAGAUUCUCACCAUGUGAUUAUCCCAGAGGACCAGGGGGAAAGCAGGAGAGCAGACCAGUAAGACUGGCUGGCUGCCGGCCCUCCAUGAGGACCCCAGUCUUCCCCAGACGGCCUUCUGCUCACUGCCUCUUCCCAUGAGGAGGGUGAGGAGCCAGCCCUGGAGCCCUAAUAAAGGCCGAACUUUCUGAAGAAAGGAUGAUGAGUAGAGGUUAUCCCUGUGGAGGAAUGCUGUGCACCUGCUGCCUCCCACACUGAGAAGCCCCUGCCCCGCCUCACCGCCUGUUGUCAUAGUCAUUGCCUGCCUGAGCACCCUGAAAGCAGAAGCUGAGCAACUGCUGCCCAGUGCAGAAGUCACUAUCUGCCCUCAGCAGUGUGAGCCCUAGAGUCUGGCGGAAGGGGAAAGGUGGUUAACUUCUCCCGUGUGUGUGUGUGUGUGUGUGUGUGUGUGUGUGUGUGUGUGUGUGUGUGUGUGUAUGUGUGUGUGUGUGGCUCUGUCCAGGGCAAGGGGAUCUGCUGCCAAGGUGAGUGCCAGGCUGAGAUGAUUAAAGCUUAAGAGACUGAGGACACAGGAUCUCAGGUGUCCGGGCCACCUUCAGGGAACCUCCUUUGUAACUGAGGGAAUAAACAUUACACCUGUGGUUCUCAGCCAGGGGCCAUUUUUAACCCCAGAGGGACACUUGGCUACCACAGCUUGGUGAGGGAGUUGUUAUUUGCCUCAACUGUGCAGAGAUCAGUACUGUUAAAUAUUUUACAGCCAGGUAAGGUAAUACACACCUGUAAUCCCAGCAACCAGCAGGCUUGAGUCAGGUGGAUUGCCACAAGUUGGAAGCUAGCUUGGGCUAUAUAACAAGACUGUGUCUCAAUUUUUUUUCUUACAAAGGGGGCUGAGAGUAAAGCUUAGUGAUAGAGUGCUUAUCUAGCAUGCAUCAGGCCUUGGUUCCAUCCCCAUAACUGUCAAAAGAACAGAUACAUCACACAGGACCACCCCCCCACAAAGAUUCCUCCUGCCCAAAAGGUUCCUAGUGCUGCUAUUGAGAACGCCUGCAUUAAGACCCCAAGCAGACUCCUGGCGCUCUGCAGAAGGCAUGCAGGGCUGUAGACAUCUGGGGUCUGGGUAAGGCUUGCUCGAGGUGCUUGGUGACAGACCGGCUGAAAAUUAAGUUGGUUUCAUCCAAGAAGAGUCUGACUUUCUGGUGUUUGCUUCACGAUCAUUUUGCCCAGAGCAAAGCACAACUUGGGGUUGUCUCCUUUGUCAGCUGACCCCCUGUACCUUCACCUCAGAGCCUCACUCAGGGAGCAUUUAUUCAAUGUCCAAAGCUAGCAAUGAAGAUGGUUUAGUAUGGCCUGGUGUGCGGCCAUUGCAAUAUAAAGGGCAAAGCUGGGAGAGGACAGAGGUCCAGCUCAGUCAAGGGAGGCUUCCUGGAGCAGUGUUGUCUGAAGAAUUCUGAAGUCCAAGUAGGAAACCGUGGACCAAGCAAAGCCAGCAGCUAGUUAGAGCUUGAAUGUGAGGUCUUGGGCCUUGGGAAAUUGUAACCAGAAGCGUGAAGCUACUGCCUAAGGGGCUGCAACUUGAGCAGAGGUGAGUGUGUGAGUGUGCUGGGUGUGUGUGUGUGUGUGUGUGUGUGUGUGAGAGAGAGAGAGAGAGAGAGAGAGAGAGAGAGAGAGAGAGAUAUCAUAGCACUGUCUGGGAGGUGUGACUGCAUGGUGGUGUGUACACAGGCUUCCAGCUUACUCAGCUUGCCUCUGGGAGCAUCGGUGCUCUCUAGAGGAAAGAACUGCUUCAGCCCAAGGCUGGGCAACUCAACAGAUACCUCCUGGAGAAAAUCUGCUACCUUGUGCACCUGGACUCAGGAUAAACGUCCCCUGUUCCUGUCUGUCCUCUGGGUUGCUGGGAUAGGUGUUUUGUACCAAGGGUCCAUGUGGACAAGUGAGAAAGCCUAAGAGUAGAGGAAGGCAGCCCAGAGGCAGCAGGAAUAAAAGGUAGGAUAUGAGUCUUUGUGGGAGUCACAAAGUUGGGGGUUAGAGCCUGCAGCCACACUAAGGAAGGCCCUGUUUCCAAUUCCGGAUGGCAGGUGCACAGGAGGGUUCCUGCACAAGCAUUGGAAUCACCCCAGGAAGAACAGUGAAGGGAGCUGCACUGUGCCUGUAGAGGUGUGAGGCUUGGUCUUCAGUAAUCUACUCAGGAAGGGAAGGCAAACUGCAGGACAGCCCAGAUGUGCAUGAAGAGUGAUCCUAAUCGGUCUUAACAAUAAAAACCCAGAGUCAGAUAUCAGGGUGAAACCUGAAAGAUCAGAGAAGCAGAGCAGCAGCCACUAGAAACUUCUUACCUCUAUGAAUUCUCAGACCAAAUGGGGGCCGAGAUCCUGUCUCCAUCCGCCUUAUAUUCCUGUCUCCAUCUCCCUAGUGCUGGGAUUAAAGGUGUGCACCAACGACCAGCUGUUUCUCUUUUAGACUGGUUCAGACUACAGUUUAGACUAUAGCCCAGAGUGGCCUUAAACUCUGGAUCUUCCUGCUUCCUCCAUCCAAGUACUGGGAUUAAAGGUGUGUGCCACUAC